AUGAAGGGCUUGCCUUGUCCUUGCCUUGCCCUGCCCCACUUCUGGCAGAUGGGGCCUCAUUUCAUGGCAGAGGCUCCCGGAACCCCGACUCUGGGGAAAAGACCCCAGCUCAGCAUCUCACUCCUGCAAGCCCAGUACGAAGGGCAGAGGAGGCAGCAGCAGACCCAGACACAUCUGGUGGUUUACCCAACAGCAGGGAGGAUGCCUGCUCCUGAUGAAUCCAUGGUCAGUGCUAUCUGGAUCAACAAGGAGAGACAGCUCUCUCUGUCCCUAGAAAGGGAUGCCAAUGAAGACUGCCACCAGAUACCUGGAUCUCCCUGGCACACACACCUGGAGAUGCAUCGCUUUGUUCAAACCUUCCUCCAGGAACCCAGCCAUGAAGCAAGACACCAGGAUCUGCUCCUAGGGUCUGAGCCAAGGCUGCCAUGGGACAGAGCCCUGGGCUUGUGUGAACACCCUCAGGUGACACUGGAGGGAACAAAGACCCAAGAGGCAGCCCAGCAGUCCUGUCAGGUGGACGGGACCCAGACUCAAGCUGAAGGAACCGGCCUCUAUGCAGCCCUCUGGGGUUUGCCUUCUCUAAGGAGCACAUCCCGUUCUGGCAAACCUGCUCACUACCCCUUUCCCCAGCGAAAAGCUCCCAGGAUCUCCCAGGCUGCACGGAACCUGGGUUUAUAUGGCCCUGUGUGA